UAGUUCCUUAAGGCCGCACGGUGGCCGCGCUAUCCAUGCUUUCCUGCGCCUGAGCGUUUUGAGCUGUUAGCAAUAGGUGUUCUGUGCUGUUAGUUCCUCAUUUCAUAUCCAUAUUUGGGCUUGAAAUUACUGGAAUCACUGCUCAACGGCUGAAUGAAGCUGCUUACGCACAAUAUGAUGACAUCGAAGUGCAUCAAGGGUGUUAACACUGGUUUUCCUCUUGGCAUCGUGGCAAGCGAAACAAAAGUGAUAUCAGUGGAUUUUAAUCCGGAGUUCGUGUGUCGCAUGAUUCCGAAGCUGGACUGGGAUGCCCUUUACCAAGCAGCCGAAAGCAUUGGCUGUGCUUCAGAAUUGCCGAAGACAUUAGUACCAGAUUAUGAACAUAAUGAAGAGUUUCUGAAGCAAGUUCAUCACACACUAUUUGAGGUGGAGGUUGUUGCUGGAGAGCUUGUGUGCCCUGAAACAGGCAGGAAGUUCCCAAUAACCGAUGGCAUUCCAAAUAUGCUUUUGAAUGAAGAUGAAGUCUGAGUGAAGUUUCUGUGAUUGCUGCCAUCCCAUUGACCACUUAGCGUCAUUUCGUUAGAAAGCAUCUCAAAUUUGUAAAUAAAGUAAAACUUAACCACAUGCA